AUGUGGGAUUCUUUUGAUGGUAAAUGUGUCUUGAUCACCGGGGGGUCUGGCUUCCUAGGAACGGCCGUUGUCUAUCGGCUUGUGACUCGAACGUCGGUGUCUCUUAUUUACAUACUAUGCAGAGGAGGACGAAAAGCCCUCUAUACGAGAUGGAAGAAAUCACUGCCAGAUCAAUUCGCGGACAAGCUCUGCAGAUCAAAUCGCCUUCUUGUCCUGGACGGCAAUAUCAUCAAACCAAACAUGGGAUUGUCCGACUCCCAAGUCGAUAUUGUUCGAGAGGAUGUGGAGAUCGUCAUUCAUGCCGCGUCUUCGAUCAAUCUUACGUCGAAUUUAUCGAGUCUAGCACCGACGGUCAUCAAGGCUACGGAGAUAGUUGCGCAGUUUGCUCUCGCCUGUUCCUUUCUCACUCGCUUCGUGUACGUUUCGAGUGCCUAUGCAAACGCACACCUAGACCCACGCAGCGAGUCAAUCGACGUCGCCGUUCAGGAAAAGAUCUACCCUCCUUCACAGCAGGACACUGCCCUGACUGAAUGGGAGGAAGUACAAAAGACCGGUACCAGCUCGGUAUACGACACAGAGGACUAUCCGUGGUCAUAUGCCUACGCGAAACAUCUCACUGAGAGAUUACUGUUUCGAAUGUUUAACGAUCACGACGUAACAGAAUGUCUGCUGAUCGUACGUCCGUCCAUUAUCGGCCCGGCGCAAAAGUGCCCAUAUCCAGGGUAUUGCGUUCCAUGCUCAACGCCGACAACUUCGGCUGCGGUAUCAUUCCUCUUGAGCGCAGAUUCAGAAAUAAGAACUACUACCCGAUGUCCGGAUCCUGAUGCUGAAGUCCACAUUGACGAAGUGCCGGUCGAUGUUGUUGCAGAUCGUCUCCUUAGCCAUCUAGCCGUGGGGACAACCGGCUGCGUCCACGCCGUCAGCGGGAAACGAGCACGUACGAAUUAUCUAGAAUGGUGGCAGCCCAUAAUGCAACUCCGUCGGAUCCCGUGGGAGUUGAAAAGAGUCUGGAUUUAUGAGAACUGGAAAACGCCCAAUCAACAUCCGAUUUCUCGACUUUGGGUGGCACUUGGAAGUUCUUUCUGCUUUUCCGAAGAUCGGACCAUUGCAAUUAGUGAGGAAUUGGCUGAACACGGGGACUGCUCGGACCUGCAGCUUUUUACGACGGCUCAUAUGGGGAGACAGCUGCUAGAACGGACUCAGCAGCUUCGGUCUGUCAUGGAUCAGAUCGCAGCGCACAGUCCUAGGGAUGCUGAAAUCAUUCAGGCUUAUUACCAGGAUUUCGGCAGGGAAGGUGUUGAAAGGUUGAAUGCUCGUCUGUAG